AUGGCUGCUAAGAAAACCGCUAGAAAGAAGAAGGACCCAAACGCCCCAAAGAGAUCUCUCUCUGCUUACAUGUUCUUUGCCAAUGAGCAAAGAGACAUUGUGAGAGCUGAGAACCCAGGUAUCGCUUUCGGACAAAUUGGAAAACUGCUUGGUGAGAAGUGGAAGGCUCUUGAUGAGGCCGGAAAAGCUCCUUACGAAGCCAAGGCUGAGGCUGACAAGAAGAGAUACGAGCUCGAAAAGAGCGAGUAUGCCAAGACUCAAGCCUAG